UAUAAGACGGGAAGAAAAAGGGAGAGAAAAAACUGGAAAACAAAUUCUUUUAACUAUCUUCUUUUUUUUUGGUGCGACAACUAAAUUCAUUUUGGUAUACACUUUCCCCCCAUUUUUCUCAUUAAGCGAACCAUUUCACUCUUCAUUCGACUCCACAUUUAAUAAUUUAGCAGAGCGCAGAAAGUACAGUAUACUCUUGAAAACCCGACAGUUUUGAGCCGCGAAAUGUUCAAUCUCACGAGCAAAGAUCUAUAUGGCGUAUCCUAUGAAGACGACAGGCCGCACGUGCCGCAUCUUGGGGGAAACUUUGAGUUUCGGUUCUCCGCACGAGGAAACAUCUCACGCGCCAUCGAGAAGUACAAAGAGCAAAGAGGAGCAGAGCUGGCCGAAAUGAGGGGAAAGCAGUCCAAAGGCAGCAUGCCGCGCUUCUGCAAAAUGCGCGACAAUGGUCAUGAUGUCACAUGCAAGGUGACCUCGAGCGAUCGUGAUGUCGAGACACAGGUGUCCCGGCUGAGCUGGACACUAAUGGAUUUAGACGACUUAAGUUCACAGGAAUCUUACGGAUUAGAAGAGGCAACUGGCACUGGAAUUGAGGAAUCAUGCAACAAAGCAAUGCAUGAACUAGGGGCCACCGAUGCUGAUAGCUCCAAUUGUAACACAACUAACAUCAGCAUUGGGCUCAACACAAACCAAGGGGAUCGUCUUUGUGGCGGGGCAAGCCCCAAGCGGCAAUUCAGACAGAAAAAGUCUCGUGCAUGUCACAAGUACAGUCAUGUACAAUCGCACUCAGUGCUGCCUUAUGAGCGCGUUGAGGCGCUGCACCGUGAGGUGUGCAAAGAACUGGAGGACAUGGGUCAAGGUCCCCAGUCAAUGUCGAUAGAGAUGCCAGUCUUCAGCAAGCCUAAGUCACCAAACAAAAAAAAGCUACGCCAGAUUCCAAAUAAAUACCGCCCAGUGACUAUAUCACCACCAAGAGUGCAAUUGCCCGCACUUAUUAAAACGCCGGAGCGCCUUAAAGGAGGCACCCGUAAACUGAAAUCUUGCAAAUCCAAUAAGCAGGGAGACGCUGACAAUUUGAAACAUAUGUCUUACGAAGAAUAUCCUCAGCCGGAGGCAAAAUGGGCAGAGAUUAUGCAUCCCUCAGUCAUGUCGCAAGCCAUUCAAGUAAAUGUUUGUAAGGCACAGAACCCCACACCCAGGGCUGCUUAUGAGUUCAUGGAGUGCCAUGGUAGCGUCGAGCCGGAACCUAUUGCACCAUUCUUUCUGGAGGACAGCGAUCUGGAGCAUGAGUAUACACAGCGUCCGGGCUAUCUCCGUUGCUGUGGACCACGCCCCAUGAAGCUAGAUAGCGAACCUGAACAAGAAGACAAUAUUGGUGCUUGCUUUGUGGAGCUAGAGCAUAAACCCCAUCGUCUGAGCCUUCUACGCAGCAUGCAACCUAUGCGCUAUUCAUCGCGAUUCGAAGAGCGAGUCCGUUGCCAUCUGAAGCAGCUGCCCCAGUUGCACGCGACGUUUGCUUCACAGGAAUCGUUAUCUAAUCAAGCGCUAAAGCCGCAAAAGGAGCAUCAAUUGGGUGAAAAAAAUGCAGCUUUCAGCAGCGACGAGGACAAUAUGUACAUCCCUAAGCUACAGACCCCGGCACCGCCUUCUCCAACGCCGACUACGCGUAACUUGAAGUCAACCAAAAACAAGGCCAAGGCCAGUAAAGGGCGGAAGACAGAUAGGUCUUCAACACCUGCGUGGAACAGCAACAAGCCCAAACCACAAAGAACACAGCUCCAUGUGGUUAUACCUUCGUAUAGGCCCCAACAUGUUGAUCGUAAAGUAGCCAAGAGCAAAGCCAGUGGUGAUGCACCAGAAGGCAGCGUUAACGUCGGCUUGGUCCGGCAGCCAGGUGGACGAGAAAAAUGCAGCGAACCUCCAUCACUUCCACAGGAAUCGCCCCCACCAUCGCCGUUGAGGCGUCGCAAGCCACGCAAUCUUUACUGCACCAGAUCCUUAGAGGACCUUAAAUACGAAAAAAUCUGUAUUUAUCAUAAAAUGUCGACUAUGCAGGAGCGCAUCAUUGCCGCCCUGGACCGCCUGCAGAACAGUCUGAUCCAAUUGGCACAGCCAGAGUACACUACUCAUGAGAGAGCGCGUCGCCAGCGAAACGCUUUCGAGUUCUGCGUGCGCUUUUCCCGUAACUUUCUGUAUCCACUUAAAGGCAUGAUCGAUGAUGUGCGGUAUAUGUCCGAUUCUGCCUUCACCAGCGCAAAUUCCAAUGACGCCUGUCAGCGCGUGCUCAAUAUUUACAACCUGAUGCAUCAGUCCAUUAUGACCUAUAUGCGCCAACUGCGUUUCUUUUUGCUGGACAAGGUGCCGCAGAAGCUAAGUGCUCUGAUCGAAAUGCUCUACGCGUUAACGAAUGUUUGCCUAACCAAAAACUUGUUUGAUCGCCAAGAUGUGAUCGUUGACUGUCUUCUGCAACGCUGCACCAAGUUCCUCACAUUCAUUGAGGACAUGCAAGAAGAGCGGUUCCAGCUGGCUAGAGAAGUCUAUCAACGCAUACAGGCAGAAAAGCAUUCUAAGCAACCCCAUGACCAUCAGCAGAAAUCUCACAGUCACAAUCGCUAUGAUCUGAAGAUGUGCUUCAAUGACUUGCAGCUUUACGAGCCGCGUUUGGUGCGGAAGGAAAAACCUGUCACCAAAGAAAGGAGCGGCACCAAAGAUAGGAGUGCCACCAAGAAGAGCACCACCAUUACAAAGGGGCAGGGCGUCGUCAGAGAACGCUUGCGUCGACUUCAAAUUCGACGCCCCGUUCUGCCUGGCAUAUGCUUGGAGAAGGCCUCGGAUGUCGAGCUGCCGAGGUCACCGACAGUUAUCAAAACACACAUUGAAUGCGUGGAAUGUCGAGAUGAUCAAAGCAGCGAGCUGAGCGAACAGAGUCCGCUUUUGUCGCCAACUCCCAAUGUGUUCCCGACUCCCUAUCAACAUGACUGCCACCAAGCUCUAGCUAAUACACUUAGACGUACAGUGGCCCCAAGUCCCUCCCCUCGUUGCUACAAUGGAACCAUUAGCGAUCCCAACCAAUGCAUCUCUAGGCUUGUUGCAAAUUUAAAUCUACCAAAUGGGAAAGAGAACGUGGUUAAUCAGGCUCUUUUUGAGGCACUACAGCAGGUCACUCAGUCCCAAGUUGUGCAGGUGAUUGAGCCCAUUGUGAGAUCUCUGGGCGGAAUAUUACAGCAUAAUAAAAAAGAUGACAGUUCGUCAACAAACAAUUCGCAAUCAGACAGCUCCGACUAGUCUAGUCUAGUCACAACAAUCCAAGCGAAUUUCGAGUUAUGCUUGUAUGUAUAUCCCUCUGAAUGGGAAAUAGUUUCGGGCUGCGCUUUUCUACCUUCUCUAACCCAACUAUUUCUAACGUUUCCUUUCCAAAAAAAAUACUCCUUAAUAUUAAAAAUUUUUGGAUUAGAAAACUAGGAUUCUUCUUUCGAACACGCUCCUCUCUCUCUUAAAUGGAAAAAAGUUUUACCAAAUUGUAUUUAAAAUUAUAAAGUUGUACAUUACUUAGGCAUACAAAUUUUUCGAUAUUUAAUACUGGACUUGUAAUUUUUGACAAAUAUUGAUAAUGGAAUAAAGAAGGUAUAGAAAGAAA